AUGGGUAGAACUUACUUUGUUGAGGAAGCUAUUGGACAGUAUCUUUCAGACCUCAGCACAAAAGUAAAGCCUUAUGUCACUGGGCUGUUAAUAGGGCAGUGUUCCCCACAACGGGACUACAUUAUUCGGGCUGUUCGAACGCCUCCGAAGGAAGAGCAGAAGGAAGAUAACAUCAGUCCCUUCAAUCUGGCAUCCAUUGAUGAGGAAUGGAUAACUACACAUGCCAGUCAGGUUUCUAGAAUGCUUCCUGGAGGCUUAUUAGUUCUUGGUGUAUUUAUUGUUGCAACUCCAGAACUGUCAAAGGAGAGUCAAAAUGCUUUGCGCAAGUUGAUCUUCUCAGUGGAAAAGUCCUUGACUAAGAGAAGGCUCUGGAAACCAGCUGAAGAGGAGGUCUCAGACAGAGCAGCUCUUCAGAUUUGUUCCUCUACAAAGAAAGUAGUUUGCCGAACCUAUGACGUGCAAGAUCCCAAGAGUUCAGCUAAACCAGCCGACUGGAAAUACCAGAAUGCUCUUUCUGCCUCCUGGCUAGCUCUGGGCUGCACAGUAAAUGUUAAUAUUCACAUUCCACUUCUUGCUACUUCACCAAACCAUGACUUGGAGAAGAACACCAAGAAUGGGUUAAAUCGAUGGUCAAAACAGAUAGAAGACAGUGUUUUUCUGAUCAAUGGACAAGUUAGAAGCGAUGAUACAGAACUACUGGAAGGGCAGAAAAAGUCAAAAGGAAAUACUCAGUCUGGCACUCAGUUUUCUGAUGUCAAGGUUCUGACGCAAUUGUCCCAGAGUUCAAGUCACAGAUCAACAGCCGCAGUCCAGAUCUGCAGUGGUUCCAUAAAUCUCAAAGGUGCUGUGAAAUGCAGAGCCUACAUACAUAACAACAAGCCCAAAGUUAAAGAAGCUGUUCAGGCUUUGAAGAGAGACAUCAUAAAUACAUUGAGUGAUCGGUGUGAAAUACUGUUUGAAGAUCUCAUUAUCAAUGAAGGACCUCACAAAAAAAAUUUUGAGCGGGCAUAUCAUGUCUUACCUCAAAGACUGUUUGUCCCCAUUGCUGGAUCCAGUGUGAUGCUGAGUGAUUAUAAGUUUGGUGAUGAGGCCACUGGAGAGAUUCAGGAACGGUUUGUUGAGAUGUUGGAUCAGUCUGUGCAAGCUGAAGAUAUCCAUAUAGCUGAGGACAUGAGCACAGUUGAUAUUUGUCCAGUUACUGACCACAUGGAUGCCCCACAGCCUCAACAACUGACAAAAGCAACGUUGCUGUUGAAACUUCAACAAAAUAUGGGUGUGGUAAUAGCAGCUGCUGUUGCAAUCUUUGCAUCGAUCUUCUCCUUCAAUUACUUCAGUGAUUAA